AUGGCUCUCCUCAACCGGAUCCUCAUCAGCCUCUUUGGGUUCGCGGUGUGCAAGCCGGAGCUCCGCGGUGCAGAGCUCCAGUGCAGCGGCUCGGGCAGCAUCCCGGCAGGGCCGGUCUGCUACGGUGGCUCGCUCUUGACCGAGACCUUCUCGAUCCACGUCGUGAGCCACGAUGGUGAGGUGGGCAUCGUGGACAUGAAGGCCGAGGGUCCCCAGACCGCUGAGUGCGAGGGUGCCAACUUCGAGAACAACGACAACGUGAUCACCAUUGAGAACGACCACGGCUGUGGCCUGACCAAGUACGACUACGCGGUGGAGUAUUGCCCUGACCAGGACAACCUCAUCAUCAGUAUGGUGAAGCCCUACAGCGUGCGGGUGGUCUUGGAGAGCCAGGCCUGCCCCGCAGCGGGGGAGGUCUAA